AUGGCCUCUCCAUCUGACUCGCAACAACAAAAACAACCGCCCAACUUCAACGCGCUUCUGCAAUACCUGGAGAGCCAACCCGAGAACGCAGACACCGAGACGACCUCGCUAGCCACCGAUACCAAGAAGCUCAACGUGAGCGAGGAAACAACCGAGCAAGACAAAGUCAACGCCUACAUAGCCGAGUUCUUGUACAUUGGCGGCCCAGAAUCUGCUCCUGGUAGCAUCACCGACAAGAUCGCAAAGGAGUCUUCGGACUCGACGGCUUCGUCGCACGACAUGCACAACACGGGCAAUACGCAGCAUGCUGAGGCCUUCAAUUCAAAGGGCCCGGUUGUUGCCAAGGACCUGCCCGAGCCCGCGAGCAAGGAGGAGCUGAAGAAGAGGGCUGAGGAGCUGAACAAAUAG